AAACCAAAAAAAUUAGUUGAAAAUACCAAAUUGGUGGUUUACUACUGGUUUCUGUCUUUACAAGUUACAACAAACCAUUUGACGGUGAAUCACAUCCUCUCGCAGUUCACUCUUCUAAACUGAACCUACCUGCAAAAUUCAUCUUCACCAAAAACACUCACAUCAUUGGCAUGGCCACAACCACAAGAUCACCAACAACAAAUCAACAGCAAAAGAAAAAACAACAACACUUGUCACUAUUCCCACUUCUUUCACUUCUCUCUUUCACUUCAAUCUUCCUUCUCCUCUCUCAAUUCCGCAACACUUCUUCACCAUCACUCAAAACUUUCUCUUCAAUUCACAAUUUCCAAAUCAACAAUAACAACCGCCGCAGUGGCAGUGCCAAUUGUGAUUACUCUAACGGAAAUUGGAUCUACGAUGAUGAGUCCAGAAUUUCGAGAUACGAUGAAACUUGUAAGGAGAUUUUUAAGGGUUGGAAUUGUAUAAAAGGGAAUAAAUCUAAUGGUGCAGAAAUUGCUAAGUGGAAGUGGAAACCUAAUGGCUGUAAUGAUCUUGAGAGGUUUGAUCCAGUUCGGUUUCUUCAGACUCAUACACAUACCAGCAUUGGUUUUGUUGGGGAUUCACUCAACAGGAACAUGUUUGUGUCUCUUUUCUGCACUCUAAGGAGUAGCGUCUCUAAUGGACAGGUUAAGAAAUGGAGACCUGCUGGCGCUGACCGUGGAUUUACCUUUCUCACUUAUAAUCUAACUAUUGCUUAUCACCGGACUAAUCUUCUCGCACGUUAUGGUAGAUGGUUGGCUAGUGAGAAUGGUGGUGCCUUAGAAUCGCUUGGAUUCAAAGAGGGCUAUAGAGUUGAUGUUGAUGUUCCAGAUAGUACAUGGGCACAAGCUGCAAAUUUCCACGAUAUUUUAAUUUUUAACACUGGGCACUGGUGGUGGGCCCCUUCAAAAUUUGACCCUGUGAAGUCACCCAUGCUUUUCUUCAAGAAGGGUCAACCAGUAAUCCCCCCAUUACGUCCAGAUCAAGGUCUGGAUAUGGUUUUAGAGCACAUGAUAUCAUAUGUGGAGGAAAAAGCACGACCAGACGCAGUCAAAUUUUUUCGUACUCAAUCACCCAGGCAUUUUGAGGGAGGAGAUUGGGAUCAAGGUGGUUCCUGUCAAAGGGAUCAACCUUUAUCGGCGGAACAGGUAGAAGAACUUUUCUCCGUGAAGAAUAAUGGGACCAAUGUCGAGGUUCGAUUGGUCAAUGAACAUCUCUAUAAGUCUCUUAAAGGAUCCGGUUUCAUUAUUUUGAACAUCACUUACUUGAGUGAGCUUAGGGCUGAUGCUCACCCUGCUUCUGCUGGAGGUAAAAAACAUGAUGAUUGCAUGCACUGGUGCUUACCUGGAAUUACAGAUACAUGGAAUGACUUGUUUGUAGAGCAUCUGAAUAAUAUCAAACAUAGGAGUUGAUAAAUUGGUUCUUUAUACUACCUUUGUCCCUUUUUACGAACACCCUUUUGCGCUACAAAAGAGAGACUUAUAAUUAAGUAUAGAGGUAGUACUAAAUAGAGACAAAAUGCAUUGUCCAAGUGCAUUUUGUUUAAUUGGGUUGGUUGCAAAAUUCAAGUGUUUGCAGAGGGUUUUCUUGGCAUUUUACCCUUUAGUUGUAGCAAAAUUCAUAGGGAUAGUUUGUUUGUCUUGAAUUUAAACAUUUUAUGGUGCCUUUGUUCAGUUUUUAGUUCAUUUUUCACUUGCCUUGUCCCAUCAGCA